CCGGCAGCCAUAGCGACGACGCUACCUGCAGUGACGGGAGCAGGCGGGGGGCGGGGGGGGCGGCGGCGGACAAAGGGGGCGCCGCCGAGCCCGCACCCAGCGGCCCCGGAGGGAAUUGCCAAAAUGCUUUGGGAUUCUUAAGCGAUUCAAAAGCUGAAGUCUCUGAGGAUACAAAGUCGUAAGAGCCCAAGAAGCAGCAAGGAGGACUCAGUGCCAAUGCAGCAACAAAAAAGACAGCCAGAGUUAGUGGAAGGAAAUCUUCCUGUUUUUGUUUUUCCUACAGAACUUAUAUUUUAUGCAGAUGACCAGUCAACACACAAGCAGGUGUUGACUCUAUAUAACCCCUAUGAGUUUGCCUUAAAAUUCAAAGUUCUUUGUACAACUCCAAAUAAAUAUGCGGUGGUUGAUGCUACAGGUGCAGUGAAGCCUCAGUGCUGUGUUGAUAUCGUGAUCCGUCACAGAGAUGUCCGGGCCGCUUACUAUGGUGUGAUAGAUAAAUUCCGCCUGCAAGUGUCUGAGCAGAGCCAGAGGAAAGCACUGGGGAAAAAGGAGAUCAUUGCUACUCUACUUCCAUCUGCAAAGGAGCAAGAGCAACAAAAAGAAGAGGAGGAGAAACGAAUAAAAGAACACCUGGCUGAAAGUGUCUUUUUUGAUCAGUCUUUGUGUCAACCAGGUAAAAACAGAACUGCCUCGUCGGGACCUAGUUUACUAACAGUCUUCCUAGGAAUAGUGUGUGUUGCAGCACUAAUGCUACCUACAUUGGGGGAAAUGGAAUCCCUGGUGCCUCUCUACCUCCAUUUAAGCGUGAAUCAAAAGUUAGUAGCUGCUUAUGUUUUAGGUCUCAUCACCAUGGUUAUUUUGAGAACAUGAGCAAUGAGUUUAAUAGGAUGUCCAACACCUUACUGUAUAUUCACACCAUGAAUGUGGACUGCCUUUUCCUCCCAUUUGGCUCACUAAGAUGCUAGCAAAGCCCCUUGCAGUGAUUCGAGAUCCCUUCAGAAGUGUAAUAUAUUUUAACUCUGUACAAUAAAGACUCAAAGCACUUGGGCAGGUGCUUCUGUAACAAGACAGCUCUGACAUGGCUCAGUGAUACCUGUGAACAUAAUUUGGGGUGGGGGGGGAAAAACCCAAACCCACCUUUUCUAUCUACACCUACUGUAUAAAAACCCCACAGACAGAAACCAA